UCCCACGAUUGUGGCUGUUGGGAGCUGAAGCCAGUGCAUGAAAUGGGCAACCGGUUUUGUGAGGGAGGACUGUUUUCUUCCCUUAACAGCAGCCUGACAUGGCUGUGGGGAACAGCCAAAAGCCCUGUCCAAAAGGACCACAAAGAGCAAGCGACACAGAGAGUGGUCCCUUAAGAUUCCUAGCUGAAAUAAGCAUGGCUGGAGUGGCCAUAAAUGUAGCCUUGAUGGAGGCGCUGACCACCUUCCUUGGCCUUCUCUCUCAGUGUGGGUCAGGGAGGAAGGCCUCCUUCCAGGAGAGCAGCUGCCAUGAAGAAGCCAACCUGGGCUCCCGCGGGGUGUCAGGCACCAGGGCCACUGUUGCAGGCUUCUCUCUUGCUACCAGACGGGCUCAGACUUGGCAACCAGAGUACAAGAUGCAAGAAGUAACGUCUUGCUGCUGCCUGGUUUUGCCCUGACGCUGGGUAAUGCUUUGCAGGUCCCUAAGAUGCACUGUGGCUGUGGCUCAGAGGGGAUGCCCUCUCCCUCACCCUCCUUCUGGGUAUCAGGCCUGGCUUUCCCAGACUGGGCCUACAAGGCUGAGUCCAGCCCAGGCUCCCGGCAGAUCCAGCUCUGGCACUUCAUCCUGGAGCUGCUGCAGAAGGAGGAAUGCCGGCAGGUCAUUGCCUGGCAGCAGGGCGAAUACGGGGAGUUUGUCAUCAAAGACCCCGAGGAAGUGGCCCGUCUGUGGGGCCAGAGAAAGUGCAAGCCCCAGAUGAACUACGACAAGCUGAGCCGGGCCCUCAGGUAUUAUUACAACAAGCGCAUCCUCCACAAGACCAAGGGGAAAAGGUUCACCUACAGGUUCAACUUCAGCAAGCUGAUCUUCAUCAACUACCCGCUGUGGGGCACCCAGACGCCUCCGAGGCCAAUGCUGGUGGGUCCGGCUGGGAUGUGCCAGCCCCACGGAGGGACCCCCAACAUGCAGACAGAGCUUUUACAGAAUGCCAUGUUUGUGAGAAGGACCUGCGCCGCCAUGGACCAGCUUUUCUUCCCCAGGGACGGCCGUGGCCUGGAGGACCCCCGAGAGAAAAGAGGAGUGGGCACCGGCGGCUGUCCUGGGCCUGUCCCACUCUCUUGCUUCUUCAACUCCUGCUGCUGUUUAAGGACCCAGGAGCGCCUUCCUCCUCUAGCCGCCUUCCCACCGACCUUCGCCCACCCGGGUUUAGCCCCCCAUUCCGGCCGGCAGCUCUGCUCGCUGCCCCCUUGCCCCCUCUCCAGUGCCCCCUGUUUCGCUGGGCAUUUCCUCCACCGAGGCAUGGCUGCCCUGCCUCCGGAGGAAAGUGCCAGCCUGCGGAGCCCGUUGAACGUGGGCAUGGGCUCUCCCUGUACGAAGGAAGGGGGAGCCUUUCCUGGACUCUCCUUGGUGGCGCAGUGCCAAGGGGGUGCCCAAGGGGGACUAGAGCUCCUUCCCCACUCACCUCUCUUACAAUGGGAGGAAGGGGCACCGAAGGAGGGCCAUCAGGCUCCCAGACCCCUUGAUAGGGUAAAGCCUGAGCCAGCACCCCAGGCCAGGUCCCACAGCAAAGGCAAGCUAUUCCUGAGCCCCCUUGGACCAGAGGAGGGCACCCCUGGCUCCCCACAGCAGGGGAGCUGGCAACCCCCUGCCUCCCACGGCUUUAGGCUGAGAGCCGGCUUGAAACCUGACUGGGCCAGGCAUCCCACCUAAGCCCCACAAAAGUGCCCCGGGUCUCUCAGCCACUGUCCUGCCACGCCACCUCACUUACUCAGCUCAGUGCCACUUGGCAGUGCCAACUCCCUCCUCCCAUCAGAAAUUGCCGGAGCCACGAAUCUGCCUGGCCACUCCACUGUACGGUCAAUGCUUGUUCUGCCGAGGCGGUCCUAACCCCUAAAGGCAAAGAGUGGGCAUCCAAGUGGGUUCUGGUGGUAUUAUCCCAUUGCCUACCCUUUUUCCAAGUGUGGGGUGGGGUGCCAGAGGGAGUACACCCACCCCGGGCCCCAUGAUUUCUCAUUCCAAAGUACAGACGCUGCCUGUUUUGCCUAGCUCACUUGUAUCCUAUUGCUAAGGUGCUUGUAUAUGUUGCAGGCGCAUCAAUAAAGUACCUGUGACCU